CAGAUCCCUUCCAUGCUUAAAAACAUCAACAUAACUAACACAAAAAAAAAAAUGGCAACGAAGAAGCAGAAUUCCCCGAAUGUCGGAAAAAAACAAGGUGGCAUUAUUACUAUGCCAUUCAUCUUCGCAAAUGAAAUAUGUGAGAAAUUGGCUGUGGUUGGUUUUGGAACAAACAUGAUAAGUUACUUAACAAGUGAGAUGCAUCUUCCACUAACUAAGGCAGCCAAUACCCUCACAAACUUCGGCGGCACUUCCGCCAUGACUCCUUUACUCGGAGCUUUUAUCGCAGAUUCCUUUGCCGGAAGAUUCUGGACCAUAACUAUUGCUUCAAUCGUGUACCAAAUAGGGAUGAUUAGUUUAACACUAUCAGCAGUAUUACCAAAUUUAAGGCCACCCCCUUGUAAUAAAAGCAACCAAAUCUGCAAAGAAGCAGAUUCAGGCCAGCUGGCUAUUCUCUACGUUUCGCUUCUACUAACAGCCCUCGGCUCGGGGGGUAUCCGCCCCUGCGUAGUUUCUUUCGGGGCGGACCAAUUUGACGAAAACGACCCCGAGCAGAAAACAACUACGUGGAAAUUCUUCAACUGGUAUUAUUUCUGCAUGGGGGCAUCGAUUUUGGUGGCUAAUACGGUCAUUGUUUAUAUACAGGAUAAUGUGGGGUGGGGGUGGGGUUUAGGGGUUCCGAGUGUGGCUAUGUUUUUUUCGAUUACGGCUUUUGUUUUUGGGUACCCUUUGUACCGGAAGUUGGAACCUUCCGGAAGCCCGUUCACGAGGCUGGUGCAGGUUUGUGUGGCGGCUUAUAGGAAGAGGAAGGUGGCCGUGGUUUCGGAUUGGACUACGUUGUAUGAAAAUGAGGAUCUUGAUUGUGCUAUUGCUCUUGGCGGCGAACUUGUUCACACCGAAAGCAUGAGGUUCUUGGACAAGGCCGCCGUCGUAACAGAGGAUGACGACAACCUCAAAACCCCCAAUCCAUGGAAUCUCAGCACAGUCCACCGCGUCGAAGAGCUGAAAUCCCUAAUCAGAAUGGGGCCAAUAUGGGCCGCCGGAAUCCUCCUCAUCACCGCCUCCGCCCAGCAGAACACCUUCUCCCUCCAGCAGGCCAAAUCCAUGGACAGGCACCUCACGCAGAGCUUCCAAAUCCCCGCCGCAUCGAUGAGCGUGUUCACGCAGAUCUCCAUGCUCGCCACCAUCGUCUUCUACGACCGCCUCUUCGUCCCCCUCGCCCGCCGGUUCACCGGCCUGGACCGCGGCGUUUCGUUCCUGACCCGGAUGGGGAUUGGCUUCGUGAUAUCGCUGCUGGCCACAUUCGCCGCCGGCUUCAUCGAGAUCAGGCGGAAGCGGGCCGCGGCGGCCGGCGGCCUGAUGGACCGGCCGGACGCCGUGAUCCCGAUCUCGGUGCUGUGGCUGAUGCCGCAGUACUGCCUCCACGGGAUCGCGGAGUCCUUCAUGUCGAUCGGGCACCUGGAGUUUUUCUACGACCAGGCGCCCGAGAGCAUGAGGAGCACCGCCACCGCGCUCUUCUGGCUGUCGAUUUCCGCCGGGAGCUACACGAGCACGCUCCUCGUGACGCUCGUGCACAAGUACACGGCGAGGGCCGACGGGUCGAAUUGGCUGCCGGAUAAUAAUCUGAACCGGGGUAAAUUGGAGUAUUUCUAUUGGCUGAUCACACUUUUGCAGCUUUUGAACUUGGUUUAUUAUUUGCUUUGCGCCAAAUUCUACACACUCAAGCCAAUUCAGAUUCGGAAUCAAGAAGGUGAUCAUCACAUGAAAACAGAAGAUGGGUUUGAACUAACAAACCAUGUUUAAUCAGUACAAAUACUUGUGUUUUCUGUUGCUAUUAUUAUUAUUAUUACUACUAUUACACGAGUUCUAAGGUUUAUUAGAAGUAGGAUCAAGAAUUUGGUCUUUUUUUUUUUUUUUUACGUUGAUCUUUGUGUAUGUAUUUACCGUGUUAGAAAAGAGCAGUUUAUGGUUCUGGAUAGAGGGAUUUCGUCUUUUGGUGCUAGAGAUCAGUUUC